GACCUCCACAGAGCCUGUUCUUGGAAAGACCGAACACAGAGCUCCUCUACCAAAGCAUCCUCUUCACAUCUACACAACAAUGGCAGAACCCAACGGCGACGCCCCCCUUACAAAUGGCGCUCCCUCCGCCUCACCUCCGACAGCUCCACAAACACAAACACAGACACAAUCCCAACCCUCUCAGCCCUCACAACCAGCACCCACAAUCGCCCAUCCUUCGAUCCCUGUCACCUCUCUCCAGGACAAUGGCCUGAACAAACGCCCGCGCGACGCAAGACUAAUCCACAUGCUGCUCUCCUCUCUCGGCUGUACAGCGUACCAGGAGCGUGUCCCCCUUCAACUUCUCGAUUUCGCAUACCGACACUCCUCCUCGAUCCUCUCUGACGCCCUACACCUUUCCUCCGAUGCAUACGUCUCGCAACAAACGCGCGCCAAGGAUGCGCCUCCUGGUGGCGGGUUCAGGGAAGCGGAUGGACAAGUGAGCGCGAAUGCGGUGAUGCUUGCAAUUCAAAGCAGGCUGCAGUAUCAAUUUGGUGGGAGUGGCGGAGGGGGAGGCGGAGGCGGGUUGAGCAAAGAGUUUUUGAUCGAGAUUGCCCAGCAGAGGAAUAAGGUUGCGUUGCCGAGGGUGCUGCAGAAUGAGUGGGGUGUUCGACUGCCGAGUGAGAGGUUUGUGUUAUCUGGUGUUCCGUGGGGGUUGAAGGGGGAGUGGGUGCAGGAAGAAGAGGAGACGCAGGGAGAUGGGAUGGAGGGCGUGGAGAUGGAGGAGGAUUUGUUUGGCGGCGAUGAAGAUAUGGAUAAGGAUGAUUGAAGAUAAUAUGCGCGCAUAACACAUGGACAUUUGGCGUUUAGAGGUGCGGUGGAUUUGUAAGAUUAUAAGGCUGGCGAGCUUGUGAGCUGGGAGCAUGCACAAAAGCGAGCUGGGGGGUUGAUACCAAAAAUUGGGCUGAAACGAGACAAAGAUCACAUUCACGUAGAAUCGACAAAAGAUUU